GGCCGAGUCCUGGUGCCGCGGAGGAUGUGCUGGACGCGGAGAACAAGCGCAUGGCAGACAGCCUGGCCAGCAAGGUCACCCGCCUCAAGUCGCUGGCGCUGGACAUCGACAAAGAUGCUGAGGAGCAGAACCGUUACCUGGAUGGCAUGGACUCGGACCUGCUGAGCGUGACCGGGCUGCUCACGGGCAGCGUGAAGCGCUUCUCCAGCAUGGGGCGCUCGGGCAGGGAGAACCGGAGGCUGCUCUGCUCCGUGUCAGCUGUGCUGAUCCUGGUGUUCCUCAUCCUCUACUACCUGGUGGCCAAAGCAGGGACUUGA